AUGGAUUUGGAGGUCGUUGGACGCCACGCCAUGCUCUUUGACGACGACGCCAUGGCGGCCUUAGUCAACUCCGACGACGUGCUUGUUGAUUGGAACUCCCUAAAAAUUGAUCGGUUCGACGUCCGCCACCUCCUCUCCUCGCCUCCGCCCAAACGCCGUCGCAAUUGCAGCUCCAAAUCUGCCCUCCUGGACGACUCGUCUCUUGAAUCUCAACUCAACCAUGAGCGUUAUCUUGACCUCCCUCUGCAUCCCGAUCAACCAGAUGUGGAAGAGGAGAAACAUCGAGCGGACUUACCUGGUUAUCACAAUGUUUCAUUAUCAUAUGGUGACACUGAUAAUUAUGCAGACGAGAAGAAAACAGAAGUUAAUAUGGAAUCUUCUGGAUUUUUACCUCACUUCCCAAUUCCCAACGACCUUCUUCAAUCCUUGCCUCCUACCGAGAAGGUACAUCAGAUUAUUGCGAGGACUGCUUUAUUUGUGAGCAAACAUGGUGGACAGUCAGAGAUUAUUCUACGGGUGAAGCAGGGGGAUAAUCCAACAUUUGGGUUUUUGAUGCCUGGCCAUCAUCUGCAUGCAUACUUCAGAUAUCUUGUUGAGCAUAUUGAACUUCUCCAUUCUGAAUCGGAUAAGAAGUUUCAAGAUGAACAGAAAAAUUCUUCUAUUGAUCAUAACAAAUCAAAUGGCGUAGAUGGAGCUUUAAUCUUGCUCGGUUCUGUCUAUGGAUCUGGUGAUGAAGACGAGGAUGAUGACAAUGUAAUACCUGAAAGAGAUGUUUCCCAUGAUGUCACUUCCUCUUCCAAAACUGAGGCAAGUACAGCAAAGACUGAACCAAUGUCGAAAAACCCAAUUUUUGCCAACAGUGAGAAGGUUUUCGCUGUGAAGAAGAACUCUUCAAUUGUUACAUCCAAAUCUGGAACUGCAAAUGGCAUGGGAGAGAAAUCUUGUUUAUCCACUACUGAUGUAGAUAAAGCAAGGAAUUUGACUAUGGCAAAGACUUCAAAGAUUAAACCAUUAGUUUUAGAGCCUCCAGCUGAAUUAAAGAGAUCAAUUGACAAGCUUGUUGAACUUACAAUGAGAAAAGGGAAGCAGUUCGAGGAGACUCUGAUUGAACAGGAGAGGCAGCAUGAGAGAUUUCCUUUCCUUAUGCCAUCAGACCCGUAUCAUUUUUAUUACUUAAAAGUCCUUCAAACAGCUCAGGAGUCAAAACUAAAUUGCAAGAGUUCCAGUUCUGGUAAGGAUGGCCUACUCGGACAUAGGUUGGAUCAAAAAAAUUGUGCAAUCAAGGAGAAGGAUGAUCUUUCAUCCUUGGGCUGUGACAUGCCACUGGAAUUGGAUAGGAAAGAGAAAUUCUCAAUGGUGAUAGGCAAAUCAAAGAAGGAAACACCGGAACCAGAAUCGAACGAAGCCCAGCAAGAAUGGCGAAUAGAUGCUUCAAGUGCAGCUGCUAUCCUUCAGGCCGCCACAAGAGGCAUCAACAAUUAUAAUUUUCGAAGUUCUUCAAUAGUUUCUUCGAGCGCAUAUGUUUCAAAUAACAAGGAAGGUGGGCAGCCUGGAGAUUCUAGCAAUCCUCUGUCCUCCAUAAGAGAUAAUGCUGUUGAAAAGUCAGCGCAGAGUGAAAGUUGUAAUGUCUCUGUUGUUGCCCCCAAUACAAUUGGUGUUGGAGCUGAUCCUGAGGCACUCUUGACCAAAGAGCAAAAGCUCAAGGCUGAAAGGUUGCAGAGAGCUAAAAGGUUUGUGGCCAUGUUGAAAAGUGGGCAAGUGCCUUCUACUACAGUAGUAGCUGGAACUUCACGUGGCUCAUCUGUAGAACCUCAAUCAAGGUCAACUGAUGAAGUUAAUCUUGAUAGCAAAAGAGAAGAAGGCAAUUUAGCCCCUGCUCAUGUUGAUGCACCCGCUACUGGUGAAAAACCCGAGAGGAAUUAUUUUGGUGAGCACAACGAGCGACCCUUGAAUAGAAAGUACCGGUCAAGGUCUGACCUAUGCAAGGAUGAUGACUGUGAUGAUAAAGACAACAGAACGCGUAAUGUUCCCCACUCCAAAGGGAAUGGCAGUAGAUCGAAAUCAGGGAGGCACGAUGAAAGAAACAAUGCAAUAGAAACUGAAGGGAAGCACCAUCACAGAAGGCAUCGGUCUCAUUCUUUGUCCAGUGAAAUUGAAGAUGAAAGAGAAAGUAAUAAAGAGGGCAAGGACCGUAAGAACCGUAAAGAAAAAGAGCGUGAAGACAGGCAUGAUGAGGACAAGAAUCAUGAAAGGUCCAGCAGGAAGAAGCGUCGUAAGAGAAGAGAGCGAACUCAUUCUUACCAUUCAGAUGAAAGUGAGGAUGAAGGGGAACAUAGUGAAAAGUAUGAAGAUGACAAGAAUCAUAAGUGCACUAGUAAGAGACAUCGUAGGCACCAUUCGUCUCGUGAGCGCUUAAAGAAAAGGCGUUCGUCCAAGCGGUCGGAAGAUGAAGGUGAUGAUGAUUAUCACGAAAGCAAAGGAAAACAUCGUUCGCGUGAUGGAGGCAAACACAGGCAUAGCCGCAAAGACAAGAAAACUCGAUCCAAGCGCAAACGCGAGACUUCCUCGAGCGACGAGCAUCACAAUGAGAAUGAAAGAAACGAGCUGGAAGAGGGUGAGAUACACGGUAGGGUCUCUGAAGAACGUGGAGGAAUCUCAAGUGGUGAUGUCAUCAGCUCAGAAACCUGUACUGAUAUGCUGAGUCGCCAAGAUAGAGUCCCGUCUCAGCCUUUGGACACUACUGUUGAGAUUCCUGGUGAUUUGAGAGCUAAAAUUCGCGCGAUGCUGAUGUCAACUAUUUCAUAG